AUGGCUUCUAUCCGCGUGCUGUCGUUCGAUGCUGAGGGCCGCCCUGUGCGGUUCACCGCUUGGCUAGAUGACCUGCAGCUGUUCCUCCUGAGCGAUAGCAAGGAGCAUGUGUCGCUCUAUGACUACGCGUCUGGUGCUGCGCCUGCCCCUCCUGCCACAGCUGAGCUUAGUGUUCGUUCCCACUGGCAGACUCGUGACGCAGCUGCUCGCCUAGCCAUUCGCAGUCACCUGCCGUUAGCUGAGCUAGAGCAUUUUGGCGACUGCAAAUCCGCUAAGGCCCUGUACGACGCUGUCGUCGCUCGCUACUCCUCGCCUGCCACAGCCGAGCUUAGCCGCCUCAUGCUGCCGUACCUGUUCCCCGAUCUGUCCACCUUUACUACAGUCGCCGAUCUUAUCACCCACCUUCGCACUAGUGAUGCUCGCCUGCGUGCCGCCCUUCCCACCGAGUUCUGCGCUAAGAACCCCCCUCCACUGUACUGGACACUCCACUUUAUAGUCACUCGUCUCCCUGACACCCUCCGCUCAGUUCGAGACCACUUCCUUGCUCGCUGUCCCACUGAGCUCACAGUCGCCCUCCUAGAGGAGCACCUGCUCGCGGCCGAAAAGAGCAUUGUAGCUGUCGGUGCUGCUCGUGGCGCUCCUCGCACCCCCAUCUUUGAGGGGUGUUCUCCCUCUCCCCUCGCUCCCUCCUACGCUGCUGCUGCUGCUGUUGACUUCCUUGGUGCUGAGUCUGUUGGCGCUGCUUCUGCUCCUGGUGGGAGGCGCCGCACCGGCAAGGGCAAGGGGGGCAAGGGUGGUGGUGGUGGCGCUGGGGGGGGAGGAGGUGGGGGAGGUGGGGGGGGAGGCGGUGCUGGAGGGAGCGGUGGCGGGAGCGCUGGUGGGAGUGGGGUCGGUGGUGGAGACGGGGGCGGCGGAGGAAGCAGUGGCAGUAGUGGCGGCGGCGGCGGUGGCGGCGGUGGCGGUGGUGGCGGUGGUGGCGGUGCCGAGCUCCCAGCAGCAGCAGCGUCCCCAGACGACCCAGCAGCUUCGUGA